AUGGCUCGCAAAGGCUUUGCCAAGUCCAAGGCCCCGGCUAAGGGACAAGCCAAAAAGUCCCGGGCCAAGGGCAAAAUCACCAAGGCCGGGGCCAAGGGCAAGGCCAACAAGAAGUCGGGUUCCGCUGUGGCCCGCAAGGGGAAGAAGACGGGGGUAGUCAGCUACUCCAAGGCCAAGCUGGUGUCCCAGCAAAACAUCGUGCUCCUCUGGAACAUCCUACUUGUGGCCAUGCAGAGCGCUGAUCCUCCGGUGGCCCUGCCAUUCCUGCGGUUGGUGUCGGAGCUAACCCAGAUUCCCUACAACACCUUGUUGUACCAGUGGCACGGCGUGGAAAAUCACCUCGGCCACGAUCUGAUUCCCAAGUCGGCCGCUGGUGGAACAUUGGGAGCAGCCCAAGGCGCCGUUGGAGGGACAAGGGUAGUCAGCUACUCGAAGGCCGAGCUGGUUUCCCAGCAGAAUGUCGAGCUCCUCUGGAACUGCGUCCUUGCGUCCAUGAAGAGCCGCAACCCUGAGAUGACCAUGCCUGACCUUAAGCUCGUGUCUAGAAAAACGGGCUUCCCAUACAACACUUUGUUGUAUCAGUGGCAUGGCAUCGAGAACCAUCUCGGACAGGAGAUGGUCGGCAAGCAUUAG